AUGCAAACACAAAAGAUUUUCAUCACCGGUACAACCGGAUAUCUUGGUGGUACAACUCUUGACUUGGUGUCAAAGACGUUUCCCGCCGCAGAAUACUCUGUUCUCGUGAGAACAAAAGAACAGGCCGACGCCAUCACAUCGGCAUACCCCUCCGUAACAACAAUUAUUGGUGACAUUUCCUCCCAGGACAUUGUGACACAUGCCGCAAAUGCAGCAGAUAUUGUCAUCGAUAUUGCAGGGGACAAUGAAUCGGGUAUUCAAAACAUUUUGUCCGGGUUAGCCAGUAAGCCGGGCAAGGGCACGUUGAUCCACGUCUCCGGGAUCACCUGUCUCCUUGACCCAUCCAGUCUUAACCUGGGCUAUGCUGCAACCCGCAUCUACAACGAUUUAGAUGACAAGGGUGAAAUCCUGGCCUUUGAGCCAACUCGGGAACACGCUAUACUGGACCAGAGAAUCCUGCGAGCUCCGGAGGAAAUGGGCGUCAACACAGUCAUUCUGAGCUCAUGCCAGAUCAUCGGUAAUGGGUCUGGACCAUGGAAGAAAGACUCUUUUGGUCAUGGAUACGUUAAGACAGUUCUCGGACGUGGAAAGGGGUUUGUCGUCCAGCAGGGUGAGAAUGUGUGGAGUUGGUGCUCUGUUCGGGACGUCGCUUCCGCCAUUGUCUUCACCCUGGACAAGAUUAUCACUGGCUCUUCCGAUAUAGAGUAUGGACAGGAUGGGUAUUACUUUGUUCAAACUGGAGAAGUGAGCUUCAGAGAGCAGGCCCAAGCUGUGGCGACGAAGCUCCAGCAGCUUGGUAAGCUGGACACCGACGCCAUCGAUGAGUUGAGUGUUCCUCAGGCAACUAAGAUCCAUCCCUACGCUGGUCUUCUGUGGGGGGCAAGCUGUCGCAGCAGAGCUGGUCGUCUAAGGUCUAUUGGAUGGUCACCACAAGAGAGAGACUGGAAAGCUCUUAUGGAUGAGACUGUCGUUGCCGCUACCGCUGUUUGA